GGAAAGGCGGAGUCAGGUGGAAGCCAACGAGGUUACCACUUGACUUUGGGACAUUGGAAAACUUUUCAAGGAUCUCUAUUAUUUAAAACCACUCGAUGGAGAAGCAGCCCCUGCCCACAGACGAUGACCACACAGGAGCCCCAGACUCGGGGUUAGCUGGAGACGAGAUGCAGGAGGUCCCGUCUGAGCCUGCAGCGCGAGCAGGGUGGAACAGCAAGGUCGAGUACUUUCUGGCUCAAGUGGGGUUCAGCGUUGGGCUCGGCAACGUCUGGAGGUUUCCAUAUCUGUGCCAUCAAAAUGGAGGAGGGUCUUUCCUCAUCCUCUAUGUGCUGCUCAUGCUCAUCAUGGGGAUCCCCCUGUUCUUCCUGGAGCUGGCGGCCGGGCAGGCCAUCCGACAGGGCAGCAUCGGGGUGUGGAAGUUCAUCUCCCCCCGGCUGGCAGGGAUCGGAUACUCCAGCUGUGUGGUGUGUUUCUUCGUGGCUCUCUACUACAAUGUGAUCCUUGCAUGGAGCCUGUUCUACCUCGGGAACUCCUUCCAGUCGUCUCUUCCUUGGGAACACUGUCCAGUAGAGGGGAAUGUGACAGUACCAGAAUGUAAAAAGAGCUCCCCCACAUCGUACUUCUGGUACCGUAAAGCUCUGGAUAUCACCGACUCCAUCGAUGAGACGGGCUCUUUCAACCCGUACAUCGUCGGCUGUCUGCUGGCCGCCUGGACCCUCGUGUGCUUGGGAAUGUUCAAGGGCAUCAAGACCUCUGUCAAGGUGAUGUAUUUCUCCUCCAUCUUCCCCUACGUGGUGCUGUUCUGCUUCCUGGUUCGAGGCCUCAUGCUGGACGGGGCUUUAGAAGGAAUCGGCUUCAUGUUCUACCCAAAGCUGGAGAUCUGGGCCGACGUGCAGGUGUGGCGACAGGCAGCCACUCAGGUGUUCUUUGCUUUGGGUCUCGGCUUCGGGUCGAUCAUCGCUUACUCCUCCUAUAAUCCCAAGAACAACAACUGCCAUCGUGAUGCCUUCACUGUCUCCACGAUCAACUUCCUCACCUCUGUGCUGGCCACUCUGGUGGUGUUCGCUGUGCUCGGCUUCCGCGCCAAAAACAAGGCCGUGGAAUGUGUGGUCAGUAAUAUUAAGGAGUUAUCGGAGCAGUUUCUCAGCAGUCCUGUGGAGAGAAACUUGAUGCCAAGCUUCAACUAUUCUGAUCCCAGUGCUGUGGCUCUAGAGGACUACAGGGCCUGGUUCAAACUGCAUGGAAAUCAGUUCCCAGGCAAUCUAACAGACUGUGACCUGGAGAAAGAGAUGCAGCAGGGUGUGGAGGGAACAGGCCUGGCUUUCAUCGCCUUCACAGAGGCCAUCUCUCUCCUGCCUGGCAGCCCCUUCUGGUCAGCGCUCUUCUUCCUCAUGCUGCUCAACUUAGGGCUCAGCACCAUGUUUGGCACCAUGGAGGGAAUCCUCGCCCCACUCACUGACCGCUUCAAAACUCUGGCCAACAACAAGACUAAACUCACAAUUGUCAGCUGCAUCAUCGGCUUUGUAAUCGGCCUCCUCUUCACCCAGCGCUGUGGAAACUACUUUGUGAUGAUGUUCGAUGAUUACUCUGCCACUCUGCCACUCAUCAUUGUUGUGGUUUUUGAGACCUUCAGUGUGUCCUGGCUGUAUGGAGCUGAUAGGUUCCUGGAUGACAUUGAGGGGAUGCUGGGCUGGCGUCCUCAUGUGAUCUACAAGUACCUGUGGAAAUACGUCUGCCUGCUCGCUAUGCUGGGGCUGCUGGGCGCCACCAUCAUCCACAUGUUCAUCAAACGCCCCACCUAUAUGGCAUGGAACCAAGAGAAGGGAUCUGAGGAGUACCUCGAGUACCCGGACUGGGCUCUGGCUGUCAUGGCCUUGCUGAUCAUAUUUGCUGUGAUGCCCGUCCCGAUUGCUUUGAUUCACGCUGUCCUGAUGGACUGGACAAGACAAAGAGCCAGAGAUUCAGAGGCUGGUCAGUACAGCAUUGUUAGCACCAGCGAUAAAUGUGAAACUCCAAUGACUGACAUGUCAGACCUGGACCGAAGUAACGGGACUGCUGCUUCCUGAACACUGGACGUGACGUUACACACUGGGAAAUGAAAAGCAGUGAGUUGUCGGUGGGAAAUCUUGAAGGAUAGUUGCAUUAGGUCAGCGGUGGCCCAGAAAGCAAUCGCAAAAUGUUCCUAAAUGUCAUAUUUAAAACUUUUAAAACCUAGAUUAAGUCAAAGUAUCAAGAGGACUAAAUACUACUGCUCCAAAAAGUAGACAUUUGAAAUUGUUUUUUAUGAAAAAUGUGGAACAAAUAACUUAUUGCUGUGUAAAAACACCAGGUAGGACUUCCAAAAACUUAUUGUUACAGAGUUGCGAAAACAAAGUCUCCUAUUUUAUUCAGGAUUAGCCACAGGCAGCACGCCAUGUUCAUGCAUUCCUUAGUUACUUACCAAUGGUAAAGUUGUAAAUGUACCUAAAAUAACCUACAUUGUUCACCUUUUUUAAACACGCUUUUAUGUGAGACUCAUCUCAUUUCAAGAAAAUCAAACAACUUUCACUCCUCGUUUCUUUGAGGACAGAUGAACAUCAAACCACUGUUACGUCUGUUCAAGAGUGUGUUUAAGGCUCUUGUGUAUUGGUUGUUUUUUUAACCUUUUUAUAAUGAACUUAUACUGCACAGUGAUUGUGUAUGCUUCUCAAAGUGUUGAUAGGCUAAGAUUGUAAGUAAGUGGAGUUACAACAAAAAGGUUGAGCCUUAAUUUAAACCUGUAAAUGGCAGCACAGUGGUGAUGCUCCUGUUGCUGUUGUAUAUUCUCGUCAAAGCCAAGCAGCUAUAGAAAGGGUCAAUCCAGCUAUAAUGACAUUACAUUCAGCUCUUGGGUCCAGCAUCAGGGAAAUGAGUAUUUCAGUCAUUCCUUUUCAUACAAAUUAUUGCGAUGAACAACCUUUUUCGUUUACUUUUUACCACACAGCAGUGCCGUUGUCUUUGGCUUUGCAACUAGACCUUUAUUCAUGUUGUUUUUUUUCAAAGGCUACUUAUCAAAUGAAUGUGAUCAAAGACUAAAAUCUAGUCAAUUAAUUUCCGAACAGUUUUCUGAAAAAUGUUUUCAUGUCUUGCUCUGCUGCACAGAUUCACUUGAAUAGCUUGUCCGUAAACUGUUACGUUGGUAUGUAUAGAAAUCAUGUUAAAGGACAGCUAAUGUGUGUAGCUAUCUUGGUUGUAAAACCUAAACGGUACAAGGGCUGAUUUUCUCUCUGCUACAACCGCCAACAGCAGCUAAUCUUGGGCCAUCCACUUCUCUUUCCCACUCUCAGAACACACACACCUAUUUCAUGGUGUCAUUAAAGCUUUUUACAUGAAUUAUCUAGUUAAAAAAAAGUAGAUAUCAGGUGACAACGUCAGCAUAACUUUCCGUGGAGCUUUUAAACACUACCCCAGAAAAGACUCUAGCGUUUAUCUGUUACUAUUUGCUUUGUAGGCAAAUGACAAGUACUGUCUGAUGAAAAUGGAAGAAGUGAACCGCUUUGUGUCCGGGUUUUGUUCCGGAGAUUUGAGCCUUUUCCUUAGGUAGACCAUUAAUUUGCCUCAACAGUGUUACUGCUAGUAACACAUCAAAACAUAUUUAUUUCUGCAAUCAUCGACUGAUUUGUCAAACACAGUAUGGUGCAAAGAUCAAGGUAACCCCAUUUGUAAUGUACAUAUGUAUAUAGUAUAUAGUACAUCAUGUAGAAACUGCUUAAGAACAAAUGUCAGAGAACAAGUCUGGGACUUUCUGUCGUGUCUUAUUUGUAAAUUAGAAAUUAGCAUGAUAGAUUUUUUUUCUUAAGGUCUGGUUUAGGAGGAACUAGUUGCAAGAGGUUAUAUGAAGCCACUGACCAGAUACAGUCCUCCUUUACUUCAGAGUUAAAUGCACUAUUUUAUCUAAUUCAUGUUUUUUUUCUUUUAAUAUAUAUCGUUUAGACUUGCGAGGUCAUCAUUGUCUUUUAGAAGCAAUUUUUCUGAAUUUAAAGUAGAUUGUUUUACAUUUGUAUUGGGUUUCUAUCAGAAUGAAUUGAAUUGAUGCUGUAUAUUUAUGUGCCUUCAGACUAGAUUAGGCUGACCGGACAACAUGCUUAAGGUAUUGAAUCAAAUAUAUGUUGUUAAAAACACAUUUCCUUUGGCUGACUGUCUUGUAAUUGUUUGUUAGUCUGUAUAAAAUGGAUUCUUCUGAGAAAAUGUAAUAUAUUUUUGCUUUUAUUAAAAACUUCAUCACAACAGUA